AUGCGCACAAGAAAGGCAAACAAAUCCAAGCGCUUCAGCUACACAGAGGCAUACUCUGAUGAGAGUGAGGAUGAGAGCGACACCCAAGAGGCCCAAGAGGCAGGCGAAGAUGUCGACUUCCAGGAGCCGGAACCUGAUGGGGGAAGCCAGGAUGCCAGCGAUGAAGAUGUGGUUGAUGAAGGUGUCGAGAAUAACAAACUGGUAGAUGUCGAGUCAGAUGGCGAAGGCGAAGUCGAUCUUGAUGAGGUAGAGAGCCCGCCUGGGAAAGCGGGCCCUAGAAGAGGCAGGCUGAGAAGGAAGUUGCUCAAGCGAGGCGUCGUCCACGCCAUCCCAGCAUAUCCGACGGAAUUGCGCAACACACGCGUCUACGAGGGGCCUCUCCAGCGAUCGACACGAGGCAUGAAGCUGCUCGAGGUCCUUUACGGUCCAGACCCCGGCCAUAUCAAGGUCGCCCAGGGCAUGUUGAAUAAAUGGUUCAACCACCAGGUCUUGCCGGUUCGAGGCUCCGACGACGGCGGUCUGAUGCAGAGCCCGUGGCUCGCGGACGAUUACGAAGAGAAACAGAGAAAUUGGACCAGGUCGUGGUAUGACAGGUACAGGGCGGGAGAUGGCAAACUGCAGCGGUUGAGGAAGAUUAGACAGGAUCACGUCGAUAUCUUCAAGCCUCCAAUGACUGAGCUCGUAUGCCUGGUCGGCCGGUUCAACAAUCAGAAACAGAUACGUACACGAUAUGGAUCUGCUCAUCCUGUCUCAGAGACCGGCGAGCUCUGGCAGGCGGCCGAGGCCACAUCACAAAACUCCACCCCACCGCCACCACCACCGAAAGGCUGGCUGUUUGACACGGGCGGAAUCCCUCUCGCCAUUGGCUGGGCACCCCUGAUAGGUCAUAGAGAACAAUUUCUGGCCGUGUGUACAGUACCAUUCUCAGACCAAGAUCGUAAGGACGCCGACUCGCCCGAGGACGAUCCUGAGGAGAAGAAGAAGGGCAGUGUCCAGAUUUGGUCUAUCCCUUGUCACAAAGAGGGGGCCAGCGAUGCUCGCCUAGUCCAUUCACUUUCGUUCGACUGGGGCCGGCCCAAACGAUUACAAUGGUGCCCAGUUCCUUUAUUAGACGACUCGAAAAUAGGCAUGCUCGCCAUCAUCUGCGCUGAUGGACAGGCUAGGGUCAUUGAGGUGUCCAAAUCAACUCCAGGUCAAGAGAACUACGAUUGGAUCACCUCCCCGGUAGCAACCUUCGGGAUCACGGACGAGUACGCCGUACACGCUACUUGCCUUACCUGGGUCAACACGAACCGCCUCUGCCUUGGGCACUCCGACGGCUCCAUCACUCUCUGGUCCAUCUAUCCACAGCGGCUCCUCACUCGCCACGCCGCACAUACCAGCCAAAUACUCGACAUUGCAAGCGGCUUCCCGUCGCACCCCUACCAUAUUGCCACCGUCCCCAUCGGCGGCAGUCCCACCCUCACGGACCUCAACCUCCCCAGCGCCGAGACCACAUACAUCCCGCUCUCCAACUGUGUCAACUUCCAGCCAAACCUUCUUGACUGGAACGACCACCUACAAGGCUAUUUAGGCAUCUCCCCCAGUGGAAUGCCGCACAACAUCUCCAUCGGUUUUACUCAUAUACGCCACUUCGUGCAGAGCCGCACGCUGAUGACCACGCCGAGCUUGCCAAUGUGUCUGGCGGGCGGGCGGACGCACCCGUUUACGCUGGUCGGCUGUGCAGACGGGAGCCUCUGGGCGUUCAAUCCGCUGCGUGUGCUCACUAAAGAGCGCGGCGAUAGGGUGCACAAACUCAAGGUCCUCCAACAUGAGUUCCGCCCUCCCCCACAGACAGGCACCGCUACCGCCGCCAGGGCCGCCCAAGACAUCCGUGGUGCCGCGCGUAUCCUACAAGGCUUCCGCCCGGAGUUCAACAGCAACCCCCGCGCAUCGGAAUUGACGCGAGAACUCAACAGGAGGGAGGCCGCCGCCAAGGCUAAGAGGCCGAAGAGCAAGAACCCGAGGAGGAGAGCGGCGGGCCAGCAGGAGGAAUUCGAGCAGGGAGAUAAUGGGCUCAGACUGGAGGAAGAGCUGGCGUUGCUGAAAGAGACAGAGAAGACUAAGGUCGUGGUACAUGAGGCUCUGACGAGAAUCACGGCGGCGGCGUGGAACCCAAAUGUCGAGCACGGCUGGUGGGCGGCUGCCGCGAUGGGGAGCGGGCUAGUCAAGAUCAUGGAUUUGGGUCUCAAGGGAUGGAACCUUGAGGAAGGCUCAACAGGAACCGUGUAG